UUGAACAGGCUGUUUAGUUAAAACAAGCCUUGGGUGAGAUGGGUGGGGCGUGUUUAGAUGGAAAAGGUGAACCGUCCCGUCGUGAUAUGUGCUAAGGAAAAGAACGGGCUUCUUGGAAUUCCAACUUGUUAACCUCCACUGGCAGGGAAGCCAUAUGUAUAAGGAUUACCUGCUGUGUUAAAAGCACAGAUUUAAAUGUUCAUAGAAACAAAAUGGAGGCAACCAGCGAUGUGGACACCACAAAAAUUUUGGAAAAGGGUCCCGAGUACCUCCGAAAGCAGAUGGAACUGGAGAGUGAGGCGAAAGGGGGGACGAGUGCUGUGGAGAGACUUGCCGCCAGCAAGCCAAAAUAUGUCAAGAGUCAACAGGUGGUCAACACCACUCAGGAACCAGUUAUUAACUUUGGAUCGCCCUCAGUGAGUAGCAACGGGUCCUCCAACCGAAGCUCAAACCAUCACGGCAAGCUUCUCACGGGGAGGAAUUCGCCUGCUGGUGCUCAAGUCUGCUCGCCGCAACAAGACAAUGUGGUGCGACGGUCCAGUUCCAAAAAACGGCCUGACUCCCUUUUACUAUACCGGCAGAAAUGUGAAUUACUGAGAGGGUCAACCAGUGAGAAACAUAAGCAACAUGUAGCACGCAGGAUGCUUCUGAGUUCUGUUUAUAAAGAUGUUCCCUUACCUGAGGCAACAGAUAAAGAAGGUAUGUCUGAUGGUGAUGAUACAAAAUCCAACACACUUGUGAGGUCUACAAAACAAGGUAGCUCAAAUGCAGUCAAUUCUCAUUCAGAGAAAAUGUUGACACGAACUACAUGCCAAAAUGAAGCUAUAGACCAAGUGAGCGAAGAGAAUAAUGGUCCUCGGACAAAAGUGGGCAUUGUGAAUAAACCCGGUCACAAAAGAGUAACUGAAGUACAGAGGAGAGGGUGCAAUGGGGUCAGCCGCUCUCACUCCGACAUCAGCUCGAGGUACUCCAAAAACUUUGCAGACUUCGACGCCUUCUUCAAGUACUGCGGACUGGAUGGGGAGGUCAUUGAGUCCUUAGGAAAGAAGAAUUUUUCUGCACGUUCAGACGAACUGGCAAUAAAUAUUCGAAGCGUCAGCGUCUCUACAUCAGAUGACGGCUUCUCCAGGAAUAGCGGUGAGAGCGACGGAUUACUGGAAGAGGAGUUGAAUGAAAAGAUUCGUCAGGGGACAUCAGUCAUCGAGCGCAAUGCGCGGAUUAUCAAAUGGCUGUACAGUUGCCAAAAUGCCAAAGAGAGCGGGAAAAAGUUACGUGAGCUGGAUUAAGCAAAUGUUUAUUUUCUUACACAGGGACCUAUAGGUAUUGUGCUCCCACAAUUCAUGUUCAAAACAACUAACCUUUUCACGUCACCUGAAGAAUCAGUGUAUCUCUGAAUAUUGGCUUUUCAAUGUCAGUAGUUUCCUUCCAUGCAGAGGUUAUUCCCAGCCUUGGGUUGUGAAAUUUGUUGUGUAGGCCCAAAUUUCUCUGCUUUCUCUACUCCUUUAUGAGGACAGUGUUGUAUGUAGUUUGGAAAACAGUCUGGGAAUUGCUAAUUACUGUAUGUGCCCGUAGGCUACGUGUGCUGUCAUGUCGGUGGCACAAAGUAAACAUGCAGCCACACGGAUGGACUACUGAAAAAUAUGUGGAGGUUAAUUCUGAACUCCCAUUUAGGAAACAAGAAGUUCAUCCUGAAGCUGUGAUCACUUGUAGAGCAGCUGCCAGUCGAAAACAACGAUUAUGAUCCAAUAAAAAGCCUUUAGGCUUAGACAAGCAUUUAAGACCCUUUCACCAGGAAUUUAUGGCCGCCAUUGUCUGCACGGUGCAUGUACAAACACACACACUAAAGCAUAUGCAUGCCAUCAUGGG